UGAGCCGUAGGUAGCCACAAUGUUAUAGAUGUGUCGCCUAUCACUGUACAUUGUGAAAGGUAUUUCGUAGUUGUUGGACAUUUUCGCAGGUUAAAAAGGAUAGAUGGAUGGAUUGUGACUGUGUUACCAUGUUGUCUUUUUAACAGUUUAUUGAUAGUUGUGUUUGUGUCUAUAUUCAGUGUAAUUCUUGUUUUUCACAGCGUGGUGAUAUUUAAAAGGAUUGGUUAUUUGUUCAAAACUGGGAACACACUUAAACCAUAGCAAAAAAUGAUAACAGUUAGGAAAUUAAAUACUUGAAAGAGAAAUAAAUAUAAGAAAUGGAUUAUUUAGUGUAGGAAGUAAACAGACCAUCCGGAUUUAUUGCGUUUUAUUGGACGUCUGUUUUACUGGAGGUAGAACAUUUCUCGGUGGUGAUUAUUUUCAUGCAUAUAGACGUGCAUUUUAUGUUUAUAGGUAAAUGAAAAACCAGAAAAUCAGGUAGAAAACAUCUGGCAGAAAACAAGAGAAAUAAAGUAUUAUUGGAUAAAAAUACUGAAUUUAAUGAGAAAAACAGUGGUGCCGAAUUUCUGGAGGGAAUAGUUAGUGAAGUUUCAUUGGCCCAUUGACAUGUACAGGACACCAGCUACUCUGAAGAACAAGGAUUUUACUUAUAUGGAAAUGGCGCUGAUAUGCUACCAUGGAACGGACAUUGAAAUCACAAUGGAUACUGAAUAAUGAAAACACACAGUGGAACUAUAUUUGCAGCUAAUAUGCCUACAUAUAAGGCAUCAUUGAUAUGGAAAUGUUAAAGUGGACGAGAUUCAUGAAAAAGUUAUUUGAAAAAUGGCAAUGAAAGCAAACACAUUUUACGCAAGGCCGGUGGUCCUUGGUAACAGUAGCGGGACUUCAAAUUUUCGAACCAACAAGCCAGAGGGCCAACGAAUUCCAGUUAAGAAGCAAACUCGUUUUGCCGAUUUGGAAAAUACUGAGCCGCCACCCCGUCCUCCUCCUCCGAGGCCUAGCCGACCCCCGAAACAAGGGGAGGUAACUCGGAUUGCUCACACUGAACGGGAAGUUAAACGAAGACUGCCCACUGCUCCGACAAACAGUGUAAGCUAUGCUCCAACUUACGCGACACCAGAACCUAAGCCAUUGACACGAUUAAACGUGACUAGUCAUGAGCGAUUAUGGAUGAAAGAUGCGGAAGAGGAAGAAAAUGGUCCGACGAAUAUUUUGUCUCCGCCGAUGAAAUAUAUAACACCAGAAUCUACAGAAGAGAUGGUUCGAAACUUUGAUCCUUUGGAUAUUGAUAAUCUCAGUGAUCAUAGUGAUUCUUCAGCAGAUACGAUGAUUAUGAUGACUACAGAGGAAGAGAGAAAAAAUCAGGAGAAAAUAAACCAUAGUUUGAAACAGUAUACCUCAAAUGCAAAGUCAAAACAAGAACGGACUGAAACUAAUCGAUCAAAAGCAAGUAUUCAGUCGAAGAAAAACUUGCAUAUUCAUUUUGCCGAUAUGAAUGGUGUGGAUACUGCUUGGAGACCAACCCAAAAUGGGCAUAUGGAUAGUGAAAAAGUUUCACCCUUACACAUAAAGACUGACCCCUUACACGCAGGGUCUUCUCCAGAAAGUGCUACGAAUAAAUCAAACAGUAAUCACACAAGUCCGAACGAUAGCCCGGAUGACGGUUAUGGAACUAAUUCAAGUACGGGAACAGUUUCUUCCCCGUUUUCGUCAAGUUUCGGUUCAAGUGAUUUUGAUCAUGCAUACAGUGGUGGAGCAAAAAGAGUGAUUUUACCCAAUGGUGCAAUAAAACCAAACUCUGUGCGCGAGAGCUGGGCGGUCAAGCGGAAACAGCGAAUGAUCGAAGCUCAGGAUAACUCUGUGCAGGAACAGUUACGAGAAUUAACGAUUAUUGAGGAAGAGGGUGGGGGGAGUUCUGGCGGAACUCGAGGAAUGCGGAAUGAGAAUGUGAAUAUUAAUCGAUCUGGUUUGGGAAAAAUAAAAAAUAGUGAAAAAUCAGUGCUUAAAAAUGGAUUACAAAACAGUGCUUUAGAACAAAAUCAAAAUGGUGAGUCACCAUUUGUAAAUGUCUCACAAAGUGACCUUCACAGGAUUAAUCGACAGUUGUAUGUUUUAGCAAAUGAGCGGGAUGCUAUUUUAGGAAACGAUAGAGCAGAACCUGUUUUACAAAAUGGUCCUUCAGAAAGUGAUUCUGGGCCAUUACGUAGAGCCCCACCUCCCCCGUCAAAUUCAAACAGUGAUAAUGUUACUUACUCAGUGCCGCAAAGAAGGUCGCGAACUUUGGAAGCUCCAAGAAAUUCUCAACAAACAGUAGAAAGUGGGCAAACUCAGCGAACUAGAAGUACUGAAUUGAAUGGCAACGAAGGAUUAAGGAACAGUCGGGGAACUGUCAAUGGUGAUAUUGCAAGAGGCUUAAGGACAAAUGAUGAAGUGUUUUACUCGCAACCAAUUGCCCGUGCGCAAAGGACAGGACCUGAUCAUGUACAGGCAACUUCUAACCAAUGGGAAGAUGAAAGUGAUACUAGUGCAUUGGACAGUGUGAGUAGUGGCCCUUUCUUGCUACGAGGCGGUGAGCAAAAAUAUCGCACCCCGAGUGGUAGUGGAAAAAUAUAUGUUAGUCCAAAUGGGGACGAGGGUUUCUACUCAUUGAAUAGAAGCAGUAGAAGUACUAGUGUUUCAAGCUUUCAACCAAUCAAUGAAAUUCCUGAACCUAUUCCUAUGGCGACUGGAAAUGCAAAUGAAAGUGAGGCACCGAAAUCUCCUCUUGAAAAGUUGAGUGGUGAGUUGCUUGAGAAAUGGAGCGAUAUGGACAGAAAUUAUCGCAACUAUUACGGGUUUGAUGAAAAUGAGAAGAAGUAUAGUCGGACUGAUUCGAAAGUGAAUUAUUUUCAGGAAAAGAAAAUAAACAAUAUGUACGGACAUGAUAAUUAUUACAGACCGCAGUAUGGCUCAGAAGCAGCAUUAAAUCAGGGCCAAGGUCAAAGAAGCAUGAGUAUGCGACAGCCGCCAACAAAUCAGGGAAUACUAAGAGAUUCUAAAGAAAAAACUAGUGCAUCAAAAUCUUCCUCAUCAAAAAGAACUGAAAAACCUGAAAAAAGUGGGAAGGAAAAGGAAUCAAAAGGGAAUAAGUUGUUUCAGAUUCUACCUAACAUGUUUAAGCCUUCUAGUAAGAAGGGUAACUCUGAAUCGAAAGAUUCCAAGGGUCAUAAACCUAAACGAUUGCUGCCGGUGCCUGUGGUAGUAACAGAAACGAAGCCUGAGGUGAAACAUGAUAAUACUGAGGAGUACGAACAAGCAGAAUAUUUGAAUAUUGGUGACUUGCCUCAGUAUUGUCUUGCUAGUGUUGAGCAGGAGGAGAAAUUGAAAAAAGGACAAUAUGUAUCACUGGAAUCAUUGCAUAAAAGGCCAGUAUUUGCUAGCUCCAGGGAUAUUAAGAAAUUAUUCUCCAAUCACGAUCAGUCUUUUGAUUCUAUAAAUAGCCCAGGAGCACAACGUCACAGUUUUCACGCAAUGCCGUUAUCAUAUCGUCACCGCAGUGGUAUGAUGCCGGGAGGGGAUGGUGAUAAUGAUAUGCGACCGAGAGCAUCAUCGGCUAGUGCGUCUAUGAGAACACAGCAAAUGCAAAACUCUGUGGAAAGCCGUAUGGCUCUAAUCGCGCGUAAAAAUGUGCAAGUUAUGAACCAAGCGCAUCAAGCUCGAAUGGAGGACAAUUCUUCGGUUGGAAAUACGUCGUUCCAAUCAAAUUCAUCCAAUCAGAGACCAUCCGGUUCCAGAACGAGGCUAGAUAGUGGAAGUAGUGGAGGGGAUUCAAAGUUAUCUACCCUUGUGUGAUUUCAGUUUUUGUUCAUUUGAUUGAAAUGUCAUAUAAUUAUUAUACAUUUUAUACACUUAGCUUUUUGUGGCUUUGUAAAUUCUUGAUUGGAUAUAAUGAAUUUAUUUCGCUCAGGAAAUUCUUACUGAAUUGUUCGUCAGUAUUGUUAAUUAUUUAUAAACAGAUUUUUCAGUGAAUGGAAAAUUCUUUUUAAAGGGACUUGCUCAUGUUUUUGUAAAGGUUUUUUUGUAUGUCGAAAUUAAUUGUUGCAAAUUAUUAAAGGUGUUAAAACUGAGAUAAAUCAAUAGUUGGAACCCUUCAGCAAAUUUUGAUAUUUGCUCAAAUAUCAUUUUUGAUGACCAUAACUUUUAUAAGCAUUUAUAACGGCUUUGAGUGAUUCGUUAGGUGAUUGGUUCAUUGAAAUCAUCACAUGAUGUUAUCAAUGUAUUGUUUAAAGGUCAAAAUAUACAUCACUUUUGUAAGACCUAGUGGUGUCUGUUUCUUCUAAAAAAAAAAAAUCUUUACCAGCAUGCGUUCGCACCCCACUAAAACCAAUAUACUUUUUUUAUACUAUAAUUUAUUUUUUUCUGCAAUUAUUACAUCAUAGAGUAAAAUAAUGAUAAAAUAAGCGUUUUCAAAGGCUUUACUGGGAAAAUGAAUUUUUGUUCCAAAAACAUGAUCGAGUCCCUUUAAUAGUAAUCAUGUUUUUUUUGUUAUGCAUUUUUAUAUGACAUCUGCAUUUAGUUUGAAGUUUUUAAGUGCAGUAGGACCUUAUUUUUUGUGGUUGGUAACUAGUUCUCAUUUGAUUUAUCUGAGACUUAUAAUGGCGCUUAUUUUUGUAAGAUUUGCUUUCCAUUUAUUGGUUUACACUUCAAUAAGCCUGCUUCUGACAGGUUAGAUUGAAACAUCAACUUCUUUAAAUGUAAAUGAUCACAUUCUUUUCUAUAAAUGGAUUAGUCAUUCUACGAUUUUCUAUAAAUUAAAGAUCGGUAUUAACAAUUUGUAAAUGUUUUUGACAUUUAACGACAUUUUAUUUUUUGAUUGUACCUCGGAGUUACAGUUGAUUUCAACUCAAGAUGGGCAUUUCGAUAAAGGCCAGAAAAAUAAUUUCAGAAACUUUGAUUUCGCUGACUAAUAUCAUUUAUAGACGCGCUUGAUUAAGUUCAAAAUCACUUUCACUAUAAAAUAGUCCCUAAUUCACAUCUUUAACCUUUUUGAAAGACUUCAAAGCCGCUAUGUAAAAAUUGCCCUAAAUUGAAUUGACAUAUUUUUCGAUGAAUCAUUUUUUGAAAACCUUUUGCAAAGUUAAACAAUUGCAAAUUAUUGGAAAGUUUAACACAUGAUUUAAUGAUCAACUUUAUUCACUCUUAUUUUUCACAAUUUACCCCAGGCGAAUUUGUCAAUGAAGUUUCAAUCAGAAAAGCAAUUUAAGAAUAUUUUUUAUUUGAAAAAUGUAUCAAAUUUUGUUUGCUGUUUAAAUUAUUUUCUUUUAUUAGUUUUUCUAGUAGUCAAUGUAUGUAUUAUUUACACUGAAGAAGGUCAACAGUGACUUGAUUGUUUUGUAAAUUUGGUGAUCUAUCAAUUUGAAAAAUAAAUUUGUUCAGUUUGACUAAAGAAUUGCAAAUAAGGUUUGAUUACUGUGAAACAACUUUGACUUGUGUCUUAUAGAUAAUCUGUGAGGUCUGUGGAAAUAUUUUGUCAAAAAAUGGAUAGUUUUGUCUGUUUUAAAUUGAAAAAAUAAUCCAUUAGCUUAGCUCCCGACUGAUAAAACAUAUUAACACAUGUAUAUUAUCAGAGAAUAUUUGUAAUUUUUCAUUUUCGCAUUUACAAUAUUCCUCUGGUAUAUUUAUCAUUAAGAUUUUUUUGCUUAUGGUCUAGCUAGAUUAAUUUAAAAAGUAAGAACUCUUAAAAAUGAGACAUCUAUUAAAUAAAGGUUACCUGAUGACAUUUUAACUGUUACGAUUUUUAAUAGAAAUUCAUAGUUUUGCAAUGUUUUUCAUGUUAUAAUUGGCAUAAAAUGAUAAUAAUCUCAUUCUAUUAUUUCAUUAUUUAUUAAUAAUAUACCUCAGGAAAACAUCAUUUUGUCAUUUUCCUCAUUUGUCAUAUAUUAUGAAGUACAUUUUAAAAGAUGAAAGCCAUCAUUUCAACAUAAUUUUUCGUAUAGUCAGUCAUGUUCAGUAUCAAAACAAAUUUGAAAUCGUUAUUUUUGGAAUAUUCCACUCUCCCAAGUUUUGAUAAAAACAUGCUUAUUAUUUUUUAUAUUUACAACAUCAUAAAGAAAAUAUGCUUAGAAAAUGUGCAUAAAAUAAUUACAAAAUACCCCCCCCCACCAACCUCCAAACCAAAAAGCUACUCUAUAAAUAGAAACCAAUGUAUAUAUAGACCUCCAUCAUCGUAAUUAUAUAAAUAUAUAGUAGAUUUUGUCUCCAAUAGAAAAUACGGUGAUUUCAUGAUUUUUUAUUUACAUAAUACAUAGUAUUUUGUUCUUUCAUUGAUAUUUAUCACAUUUUAUAAUGAUCAAAUUACUCCAUCUACUGCUGUACAUGUAUUAUCUUUUAAGCUCAUCUUUAUUUCAAAGAAAAAUGUUUACAUGUUGUCGUGGACAAUGUUGUGGAAAAAAACUUGAACCAUGACCUUUAUUAAAGAACGUUAAGAUUUCCAAACAAAACAUUGUACACGUGUUGCCUAGAGACAAUACGCACAUGAAUAGCAAGGCCCAUAAGUCUGAUUCUAGUAAUUAUCAAGUAAUGCCUUUUUUUCAACUGAAAAAAGCAACAGAUCAUAUGCAUUUGCUGUGGAGCACUCUGGUUUAAAAAUCGCUUAAAAAUAUGAAUUAUAAUAUAUAGUUUAUAUAAAUCAUGAUUAAUCUACAGCAAGAGACAGUUUUAUAAGAUUUGAAAAAAGCUAAUAUUUACGAUCUUCAAGAUUUCCGUACAUGUAAACAUGUGAACAGUAUUGGGACAAAUUUACUAUUAUCAUGAAAUAUAUUUUCAAACAGAGCAUACAUUCGUAAUUAGCUUAUUGUGAAAAUGCUGUUUAUCUUUAAGUAUGUAAUUAAUCAUUUCUCAAACAUAAAACAGUGUCUCUGUUUUGCUCCGUGACCUAUCGUCAUUAAUUAUUUGUAAAUUAUUGAUAACACUAAUAAUUUUUACUGUUUAAGACUUGCUUGAACUGCUUUAAAAAUUCAUAGAGAAGUAAGUGUGUCUAUUUACCAUGUAGUAGGAUGUUAAAAAGGUCAAUUAAUUUGAAGAAAAAGUCAAGGUAUUGACGUUGCUGUGGUGUUGUUGGCAAGCAAAUUUCAGCAGGCUAUUUGGAUAUUCAAAUGAAACUUGGUACACAAUACCCUCACAUAUAGCAAGGCCCAUAACUCUGCCUUUAAAAAUUGUCGACUUAUGCCCCUUUUUUGACUGAAAACAAAGAACAGACAAGCUUUGGUGUUCCUUCCACGACCUCUUGUUUAUGGUAGAGUUGUAACUGACUUUUAUUACUUUUACCGUACUUGAAAAUGGCAAAAAUAUGUCUAUAAAGUACUUUGGAAAUUAUAUUUAAAUUUUGAAUUUGCUAUAAAACAUUAUUUGAAGCUGAUGAUUAAAAGACAUUACAUGUGUCUGAUUGCAGUGUAUCUAUCAAUAAUCUAUGUGUUUCACUGUCAGAGUGACUUGUUUAAAACUCUCUCUGUUCUUUGUUUUCGGUGUGAUGAAUAACUAUCAUUUUGUAUUAAGAGUAAUUACUACUAAGUGUUUUAGCAAAAAAAACAUUGACAUACUCCUGUUCAAUCUACAUGUGAAUUGAUAAAUAUUUAGCAAAGAAAAAAACAACUUUAAAUAAAAAAAUCUGUUGUUUUGGGGUUGUUCAAAAUCUAAAACUAUUAUGGGAAAAUAAGUUUGUUUCUCAAAUUUUGAUGUUUUUUGUAAAAUUAUUUUAUAUUAAAAGUUACAAGAUCACCAUCAUUUUGUAUGAAUAUUAUUAAAACUCAACAUUAAAAUUAUUUUAAUUCAGUUGUUCGCAAUUCGCAAGUUAACCAGUUACAACUAUUAGAACACACCCAGUGCGAAGUAUAAAUUGUAAGCAAACUUUACUACAAAAUAUUUUGAAAGCAAAUUUAGCCGAUAACAAUAGUAAAUAGACAAAUCCAUUCAACAGUGCUGUUUGUUAUUUUCUGAUCAAAGAUUAUUUUUAUAAUGAUGUCUAAAGGAAUGUGGCACCCUUUUGUUUUCGUUCGGAUUCAAAUUCAUGUGAAAUUUGUCUUUUCUUCUAUCAGCAGAAAUGUGUAUGGCCAAUAUAUUUUAACAAUAUUUCUAUUGUGAAGGUAUAGACAUUUUGAACAAUUAACUUGAAUGUUUUACUUUCAUUUGUUAUUUUCUAUGCUUUGUGCUGCGGCUUCAUUAUUUUUGCUAUAAUUAAAACUACAUUGGUCAUUUGUCGAAAACAAAAGUGUUAUAUUGUGGAAAACUGUGACUCAUCUUUGUAGAAUGUUUCGGCAUGAUGUUAAUUACUGUGAAGAAAGAUGUUACAACAGUUAAGAGAUGUGUUUGCAUUUAAGUUGAAGGUGUUCAUUUUAUGAUUCUUCUUUGAAAUAAAAAAUGAGAAACUUUAUGUAAACAUGCUAGACACGAUUUCAACAGUUUAUAUCGCAGUUAACAAGUUCUAAAUUUAAACAUAAAAGCAUUUCUUUGUUGUUGUUUUACGUAUACUGUGUAUACAUGAUGAUUUAGAUUAAAACACGUUUUCUUUUAAGAUUAUACUAGCGGAAGAAAGAAACUCAUGCGCAAAAUAAGAACUUUGUAAAAUUUGAUAAUAUUUAAUUUAUUUCAUGAAAACAACUACCACAAUGAAAAUAUGACUGAAAUGUUUAACACAAUAUUUGAAACAAACAUUUUAAACUCAAAAAUGCAAAGGGAUUGGGCCACGAGUUUUGCCAACAUCAGUUACUAUUUAACAUACCAAAGCAAAUCAGAUAUAGAGGGAUACUUCUAUAUAAUAAUUGUCACCUCAUUCAGGAAUUAAUAACCAUUAAAAUUUGCUUUUCAAGUACUGCCAGCCAAUUGUAUAAAAUUGGGUUAUUUAUCCACAAGUUAUCUUUUGGCUAGUUUGUGCAUACAAACAAUUUGAUUGGUCCACAGUGAUUAUUGGAUAAAUACUGACCAAUCAAUAUGAAAUUUGGCCAACUUCAACCAAUUCAAACAAAUACUUAACCAGAUUUAUACAAUUAGCUGCGGAAAACUUUGGCAUGCACAGUUUCUUUAUUCUGAUAGUAUACUAGUUAGUUAGUUCAGCAGUAACGUCUUUUUACUAUAUGUAUGAUAGAUAAUUUCAGAAUCUUUUGCCAGCUCCAAUUCAUUUAUUAAAAAAAAAUAUUUCAUUUCUAUACAAAAUUUAAUGUUUUUUUUUUUUUAACAAAAUGGUUUCCAUAAUCCUUAAAAGAUGUUAGAGCAAUACUUAUAGUUUACGCAUGUAUUUUAAUUUUGAAAACAAAAAAUAAUUAUGAAAGAAGUUAAUAAUUUUUAAACUAAGCUAAAUACAUGUAUACAUGUCAUGCACACUUCUUAUGUUAAUGUAAACUGUUACAUUUCAUGUACAUUCUUGUAUAUUUUCUGAAUGUGCUAGGAUGUAUAUACUAUCUACAUAUUUGCAAAUUGUGUACAUUUAAAAUAUAUACAUCAUAAUUAUUAUACACAUUUUCUUUAUAAAUAUUGUCAGUGAGUUUGAAUUUUUCGUUCUUUCUUGAUAUUUUUGUUUUUGUUGAUAAUAUUUUAGUAAUUGUUGCUAAUUGUCUAUUUAUUUCUUACAUUACUUUAAAGUCAUUUGAAUGCAUUUAUUAUUUUCAUUAUGAGAUAUUUUGA